CCACGGUACUCAAAUUGAGCCUUCCAUACAUCGAUCUCCCCAAUCAUUUAGGAAGAGCGAGCGUCGCGCCCUCCGUCCGUAGCCUAUUACCACAUUCAGAGCCUUCGUGCCCCAUUUCCUCUCAGCCAAGACGUUGAUCCAUCGUAUCCACAUGACACAGGACGCGUCGGCGCGUCCCAAAAGCCCCAAGAAGCUCGAGCUGUUCGGCAAGAUGCACUUGGGCAUGGACCACGUCCUGGCCAAGCUGUUGGAGGACGCGCCGCCGCUCCCAGACACACUGAAACUGCAGACAGAGACGCAGUCAGUCACUACCACAUGGGUACAGGUCACUGAGGCGUUCGAGAAGCGCAAGGCUAUGCUGCAACGUCGUAAAGAGAAGAGUAAACGACGUGAAGAGGCUUCUACCACCAAAAAGAAGAAAAAAUCUAAAGAAAAAGAGACAGAGAAGAGCACAAAGGUAAAAGCAAUAAAGAAGAGCAAAAGCCGCAGCUCCAGCGCAUCUCCACGCAGUGGAAAGAGCUCUGAAAAGGUUAGAACGACCAAGAAAACCGUCACGAAGAAAGCGCUCAGUCCGAAGGCGGAGAGCCCGAGCACAUAUGACAAAUCUGUGCUUAAGAAGCUUCGCAAACUGCCGAUGUGUCAGAAUAUUGAGUUCGGCACUAAAAAAUAUAAGGCAGUAGUGAAGUGGAUGGAGCUGGAUAAAGGUAAGGACUCCGCCACGUCUGCAGAGUUGAUGGAGUUGCUGACAAAGCUGCAAUUAGAAGCAGCAGCCGAGAAGAAGACCAAACCGAAACUGAGUCGCAAACGCUCUUUGGAGUCGUUGGAUGACGCGUUACGUGCUGAAAAGAACAGUAAACGGAAGGCUUUAAAGAGAGAGACUAGACGAAGCAAAAGAGAGUCGUUUGUGGAUGAAGACGAGGUUGUCUACGAGUCUGGUGAGGAAGAAGAGGAGCCGGAAUACCAGGGAGGCUAUUCCGAUUCAGACGAAGCAGAAUUUAUGCCAGAGUUGGAGAAUAGUCCGCCCCCUGAAAAGCCCAAGAAGCGCAGCACAUCGAAGAAACCAAAGAAGGAGGUUGUCAAGCAAGAAGAAACGACGACAAGUAAUGCUCGAUUGUCCUCUAAGGCCCAGUUAGCUGCAGUUGUAGCUAAGAUUCGGGCUGACAAGGUGGUCUCAGGGAAGGCAGAUGCCAAGUACUUGUCCUACGAGAAGAAGGAUGCGCCAGGAUCUUCGUCGAAUUCUGCAAUUGAGUUGGAUGAUAGCGAGGAGGAAGAAGAGGAAGAUCAAGAAGAAGAAGAAGAAGAGACCAAGGACCACGACUCGUCCACUGACGACGAGAACGGUAUGUUCGAUCUGAAUGAGGAGGACGUGUAUAUCGUGGAGGCUAUUUUGUGCGUCAAGGAAGGACGAUCUAUCAUGUCGGCAGGUCGGCGUCAGAAGGAAGUGGAUUUGUAUCUCGUCAAGUGGGAUGGCUACAAUGAACUCACGUGGGAACCCGAGCAGAACAUCCCGCAGCGACUCAUCGAGAUGUUCCGAGAGCGCGAACGUGCCAAGCGAGCCUGUCAGUAUCAAAUUAAGGUGGCUCAUGAACGCAGAGAGGUGAUCAACGUGACCACACAGCAACGAGAAGUGCUGUACAUGAUCCAGUGGAUCAACCAGGAGAACGCAGUGUGGGAAUCACGAUCGACGCUCCCGAACAAGACGCAAGUGUGGCUGGACAAAGUUCUUGGCGCUCCUGUUGCCAAGAAACGUCGAGAGACGAAAGCCGUCAAGCAGUAUAUCUACCACUAACUGCGUUAUGAGCUGCCUGUAGUGAGUUACGAAUUGACAGAAGUGCAAAUUGAAAAUGAAUCAAAGUCUUGUGAGUAAUUUGACGCUGGUCACGACAAUUAUUCGAUGGUUUUGAGUGCAGAU